AUGACCCUGCGCAUCCUCCAACGCCAAAACACCCGACGCAGCUUCACCUCGACCGGCGCCGCGUUAAAGAAAGUCAGCAAGAGCAACACCAAUGCCAAUUCCAAUUCCAAAGCUAGCGGCACUUCUAAGCCCCGCGUUCUCGCAAAGCCCGACAGAUUCCGCCCGCCCUCGCACCCCCAGCGCCUGACGACUCCAUCUCCGAAGAACGCACCCCCAGGCCAACCAUUCGAGUAUGGCCCGCGGAUAACGGAGAAAGAGCGCAUACAGCAGAGCAAGACGCAGUACCCGGGCAUGUUUCCGCCGGAGGGAACAGUGAUGUUUAAGUUCCUGACGAGCAAGUGGAUCCACAUUUGGAUUGCAAUGAGCGUCCUGAUCUCCUGCGCCGGGUUCACCUUCACAACUAAUUUCAAAGCAACCUCGCCGUUCGCGCACCUGCUACCAUCCUGGUCGAGUCUGCUGACGUCGCCUUUCAGCACGAUCUCGCAGGCUUUUGCUGUGUGGCGCAUGCAUGUGCAGCACAACUCGAUGCGCGUGCGGGAGCAGCGACACCGUCGCGUUGAGGAUGCGGAGAAGAGGAAGGAGUAUCGUGUUGCGCAUGGGCUUGAGAAGGCGGAGCCUGAGAAGAAGGAUGAGGGUGUUGAGGUGGAUUCGCAGUCGCCUGUUGCUGCUGGUGCUGCUGGUGAAGGUGCGGAGGCUGCGAAGGAGUUUGUUGAUUGGGAGGGGAAUAAGAGGCCCGUUAAGAAGUGGUUGGGGAUUUGGUGA